GCUCACACCCCAACUAUCCUGCAGCUUGUUCCGAGCCCAUUCAUUCCUUUCUAUCCCCCAUCACCUCUCUAUUGAAUCGCCUUCGGUCUCAAGUUGUGAAAUCCAAAUUGCUUAAUAUUCUUCGACUCUUGCAUUAUCUCCAAAAUGUCACGACGCUACGAUUCAAGGACUACCAUCUUCUCCCCCGAAGGUCGACUCUACCAGGUUGAGUAUGCACUCGAGGCAAUCUCACACGCUGGUACCGCUCUAGGAAUUCUGGCAAAAGAUGGCAUUGUCCUUGCCGCAGAGAAGAAGGUGACAAGCAAGCUCCUCGAGCAGGAUACUUCUGCUGAGAAGCUUUACACACUGAACGACAACAUGAUCUGUGCGGUUGCCGGUAUGACCGCAGAUGCAAACAUCCUCAUCAAUUAUGCCCGACAAGCCGCCCAACGCUACCUCCUGACCUACAACGAAGAGAUUCCAUGCGAGCAACUUGUCCGCCGGCUGUGUGAUCUGAAGCAAGGAUAUACUCAACAUGGUGGUCUCCGUCCGUUCGGCGUGUCGUUCAUCUACGCAGGGUAUGAUCCUCUUCGCGAAUUCCAACUGUAUCAGAGCAACCCCAGUGGGAACUAUGGCGGUUGGAAGGCAACCAGUGUGGGUGCAAACAACGCAAGUGCCCAGAGUCUACUUAAGCAGGAUUAUAAGGAAGACUGUGACUUGAAGGAGGCUUGCGCUAUGGCUGUCAAGGUCCUAAGCAAGACGAUGGAUUCCACCAAGCUAAGCAGUGAAAAGAUCGAAUUCGCAACGGUCGGAAAGACAAAGGAAGGGAAAAUCUACCACCAUCUGUGGAAUGCGGACGAAAUCAAUGCUCUGCUGAAAGAACAUGGGUUAGCCAAGGUUGAUGACGAGCCCGAGGCUGGUGACAUAAAAUGAUAGAGCAGCCCCUUUACGCUACCUGAUCUAGAUAAUCCGUGUUUGUCACCAAUGACAUACCCAUGCCCAGAAUGAAUACUUCCCAGCCUACAUGCCAUAGACACGUAUACCCUUGAAAUUUUUUAUGGCCUGCUGAGAAACAAAGCCAUUCACAAUGUAUAUGUCUUCUGCUACAUCUGCAUCUGAAGCGCAACCGACGUCGCCCACGAGUGACGUGGCAAGCGGCG